AUGGGACAAGAUUACAAUGAGACAAGUGACAUGCUCCAAGCCUCAGAUGUGUUGAUGCCAACUGCCACAAGUUCUAAUGUGGCAAAACUUCCUGAAUUCAAGAUCCAAUUUCAUCCAAGAAGCAAUCAACCACCAAUUUAUCAGUCUUAUGAAGAGUUCCAUGUUUGCAGUGAGAAGUCCCCAUCCCCAGUUGACAAAACACCUUGGUCCCCAUUUUGCAUGUUGGGUGACUUUGAGUUUGUGGAAAUUGCACUCGCUCCACUACUCAACCAGCAACAAGUCAAUGCCCUGCUGGGUCUCUUUGCUCGUGUCACACAGGGAGCUGUCCAAGUCACACUCAAGAAUGAUGCUGAACUUCACAAAGCAUGUGAUGCAGCUGCAAUGGAACUCACUCCGUGGCUUUACAGGCACAAUGGUGUUGAGUAUGAAUGUUUUUAUGAUGAGCCCUGGAUUGGAGAUUAUUGGUGGGAUAUUCAAUUGAGUCUACCAAAUAUCAAGAAUGCCAUGUCAUUUGGCCUGAUCCUUUAUGCUGACAAAUCCAACCUAUCAUCUUUCAGCACUGCCAAGAGUUACCCUGUCAUUGUGCACUGUGCAAACUUGCUGGUUGAGAUUUGGAAUAACAAUGUCAUUGGCAGAGGUACUGUUGUCAGCUGCCUGCCUAUUGUCCCCAAAGAUGCUGAAGAAGAGGGAAAGCUAGGCUACACAACCCUCAAGCAUGUUGUUUGGCACAAAUCUUUUAAAAAGUUACUUCUGGAGAUUGAGCAGUACUCAAAGACUGGGACUUUUGAACCUCAUACACACACCCAGGGCAUUGAUGUGUUAUGUGUUCAUGCUACAAAUCGAGCCAAAGGCAAUGAAUUGCUGAAGUGGUUAGGUUUACAACUGAUCGAAAUUGAAGCCAACAUUGAGAAGUAUGUUGCAAGUUUUCCUCACUGGCAAAACCUCACACACUUCAACCAAGUUAUUCAUGUCACUUUGUCAGAUGGUAACAAGCUGGCUGAUAUCUCCAAGCAAAUCUUCUACACAGGGAUCAAUGUUUUGAAGAAGAGUAUAACCCCCGAAGGCCUCAUCAGCUUAGAUGUCCAGACCAAACAUAUGGUUAACAUGAUCAACGACAAAAUAUUGACAUUUGAUCAGACACUGAAGGACUACACCAAAUGUGUCGUGAAGUCCAACAUUGAUGCACUUGGCCCAACGAAAGUAUGCAUAAGCCAAUCUGAGAUGCAUAUGAACACCAUUCGAACAGUAGAGACAUUCCUGCUCAGAUUGUGUGUUGAUCACCUUGAGAAACCUGUCUCUGGGGAAUCAGAUCCAGAAGUUGAUGCGGUCAGUGAGCAUACCUCAGUUGAUCAUAUUAAGCUUGGUGCACAUGUCAUCACAACCCAAACCCUGAAAGACUUGGAGGAAAAUGGUCAGCCAGAUAUGGUGUUCCAUCAGUUCCAUCAAAGGUUCUCAUAUGGAUAUCAAGUCAAGUCAUGGAUCUCCCUCCCUACUGACUUCAUGGUUAAAGAAUACUGUUAUCUGCUGGUCAACUACAAGUUGACUGUCACUUGGAACCAGUGCACAGAUUGUUCCACUGCAACCUGUCAUUUUUUGCUUGAUAGUGAUAUGUUCCUGUGGAGACAGGCAAUCAUGGCAUGGGUGUCUGCAAAGGUAGCACAAGCCAUUGCUGCUGUAUCUCCUGCUAAGACCAUCCACAUGCCAGAUGAGUACCUGCUUCUUGGAAACCUUCUCAUCAACCUUCUGGGUAUAAUCUCAGCACAGCCAGAAACGAUCCGAUGGAUUACUUUAGAAGAAAUCAGGAGUGGUUUGAAUGUGUUGCCUCAUGGGAUUUGGUAUUUUGGCAACCCUGAAAAUUGCGCUACAACAGAUUUGGAUCUGAGGAGUCAUGCAAAGUUAGAGGAGGUGGAGAGGUUAUGGAGAGUGCCAUGGAGAAUGUGGCCAACCAACAAGUUCCAGAUGGGUGUGAGAUGUGGAUUUGGAGGAGUCACAAGGUGUAGGUGGAUUCUGAAUGACACACCCACUGAUGGCCUAGACAACAAGUACAGGUACUGGUCUUAUGUUGAAACCCAUCCCACCCAUGUGGUUCUCUCCCAAGGGUCCCAGCAGGAGGCUGUGGACGUACUACAUUGGUCCUACACAGAUUGGCUGCUUGCCCAUCCCCAACCAAUUCAGCCACCUUUUAGUCAGGAGGAGUGUCAGGAACCAUUGAGACUACUCAAUGAUCCGAGUCAGCAAUCCACUAUUUUGUACACACACAUGGUCGCUUGCAUUCUUCUAUGCACUGCUCAUUGGCAUCAGACCCCAAUGCUAUGCAUGGCAGUCAAGAUAUUGAUUGGUAUACUGUGCCUUGGCAUCCCAUUCUUGUUCAUGGAUCGAGUGAGAUAUAGUGGCCAUUUUGAUGUGGAGGGGAAUUAUAAAGCAGAGUUGCUGCAGGGUUCUGCAGCUGUUCAUCAUGCAGCUGCUGCUGCCCAUGAAGGAUUCAUAUUUCUCCCAUGCCAAAGCAUUCUGCUCUCUCUUCCACUAGUUUUUCUUGCAUAUUCUGUGGCUGGAAAGAAAGCAAGAAAAAAGCUCCUGAAAGAAUGCAUGGUUGAUUACAUAUCAAAAGGGACUAAGACUGGCUCAAUAGCUGGUUAUGUCCAACCACUGACAUCCAACCUGCUGAUGGACCACCAUGUGGAUUCCCUGAGGCUACUACUAUGUGUCGACCUCCAUCAGGAUUUGCGACAUCCAUGGCCCUUAAUAAGGAGAAUAAAGGGAGGCUUCCAAAGUGCUGCUUAUGAUGCCUUCAACUCUGAUGCUGAGGAUGGAGGUCCUGAAGACUUCAACCUUGACGAAGGGAUGGACAAUAUUGACUUGGAAAACCUGGACAGUGACACUGAACAGCACAGGCAACUUACCCAUGUUCCCAGACCUCAAGCUGAUGUUGCUGAGCUCCAAGUGGAUGGGAAGCUCAAGGGUGCUCUGACUGAGCUUUAUGAGAUGAUUCCUGUGGAUUUACAUGAGUCAAUGGUAACCUACAAGCAAUUUGGCUCUGUGGUACAUUUCAUACAAGCACACAGUCAGGAGAGAUCCAAUGUCCUCAAAGUCAUCAAGGACUGUGCUGGCAUGUUAUUCACUCCAUAUAACAUUUCACCAGAUCUCUUUACUGGAAAGCCCGCUUGUAAGAAGGACAACAAGGCAUGCCUGGUGCUCUUGAAGAAGGAUGGAGUUGGAGAAUACACCCAUUUUGCACCAAUUCUUUUUGCAGAUCCUAAGCAGAUGGUUACUGGGGGCUUCUUGAGGAGUCCCAUCCUAGUUAAGGUUAUCCAUGUCCUGAUGUUUGGAAAAUCGAUCCUCACAGAAAACAAACAUGGAUGGCCCCCAGCCAGGGGUCAGAAGAUGGGCAUGCUGAGCGUUACUGAGGGCCUGAUUGCUGGUGCCUGCAUCUUGGUUCAAUUCCUAUUGUUGCAUGAUCCUGAAUUAAGUGCUACUGGUGCAGAAACGCAGGUCAACUACCAAUCAGAAUACAAUUUCUACCUUGAGAAGCUUUUCAAAGCAUCUCCUUGGGCUGUCAGCAUGAUGAAUUUCUUCAACCAGGAAGUCUUCAGGAAGGGGUCUCAAUUGGCAAAUGUUGAAUCCAAGGUAUUUGCUAAUGUGGAGCAGCUGCAUAGUUGGGAAGAUGAAUUUUUAGACAAACUCAACAACAUUGACCCCACUGAGAGUCACACCCCACCUGUUUCCACACUGCAUGACCUCAAUGCCCCUGGCAGCCAUGAUUCAGAUCUACAUGACUCCAAUCUGUCAUCAGUCUCUCAUGCUCCAUCACCUGUUGCUGGCUCAGUCACUCAUUUCAAUCCCCCUCACUCUCAUCCAGCUAGUGUCACUGCUGCACAAGCUGAUCUCGGUGCUCAAACUAUUUCUGGUGCUUCUCGUUGA